AACAACGUGUAGGCGCUCAAGCCAAGUUGAGGCUCGGGCGCAUCCACGAGAAUUCAACACCAUGGACCUCGCCCAACCAUCGGACGAAUCAAAGGUUCUCAUUCUGAACACAGGCGGUACGAUCAACAUGAUCCUCAGCCAGCAUGGCUAUGUACCCGAGCCGUACUUCCUCACCGAAACCCUUCGUACUCAAAACCGAUUCCACGACCCGCUCGAAGAUUCCUUGUUCUCUCAUUCUGCCUCAGUCGAGGGAUACAGGGAAUGGAGCAGCCAUAGCGGGAAAGCAAGUCCCAUCCCGAAACCGGGCGCAAGUCGAGCUGCCUCCCCAGACCCCGUUCCACAGCCCCAGCAUUCUCUGCCCACAUUUCUCGUGCGAUCUUCCCGGCCUAUAGGCAUGUCUCACGUCGCCGCACAGCUUUCUCCUGUUAUCGACGGAAGACAGCCCACAUGUGUCAAAGUCACUGAUGAUCUACAUGAAGCGCAACUACCCAGCCUGAUCACACCUCGGAGCACGGCUCCUGGGGGCAUGCGGAAACGCAUCCGAUAUGCGGUACUUGAAUGGGAUCCACUCCUGGACAGCAGUAACAUCGAGAUCCAAGACUGGAUUAGGAUUGCAACAGAGAUAGAGCUCAACUAUGCCAACUUUGACGCUUUUGUGAUCCUGCACGGAACAGACACUAUGUCGUACACUUCCUCCGCACUGAGCUUUCUAUUGGAGGAUUUGGGAAAGACAGUGAUCGUGACUGGUGCCCAGAUACCUAUGUCCCAGCUACGAAAUGACGCCGUUGAUAAUCUGUUAGGAGCUCUAGUGGUUGCGGGUCAUUAUAUAAUACCAGAGUGCUGUUUGUUCUUCAAUCAUACUCUUUACCGCGGUAACAGGGUCUCCAAGGUCUCGUCGUAUGACUUCAACGCCUUUGCGAGCCCAAACUUUCCCCCACUCGUGAAUGUGGGCAUUGACAUUAUUGUCAAUUGGAACGAUGUGAUCCGACAAACAAGUCUGAGGCGAUUCAGAUCCCACAAACACAUGAGCCCGCACGUGGCCACCUUACGUCUCUUCCCUGGCAUUACAGCUACCACAGUCCGGGCAUUCCUCGCUCCACCUACCCGCGGUGUUGUACUCGAGACAUUCGGCGCAGGCAAUGCACCACAGCGCGCCGAUCUGAUCGGAGAACUGAAAGAGGCCUGCGAUAGGGGUGUCGUGAUCGUCUCAAUUUCUCAGUGCGCAAAAGGCUCUGUUUCGGACGCAUAUGAGACCGGGAGGAAGCUAUUGACGGCCGGAGUCAUCCCGGGUGGGGAUAUGACUCCCGAGUGCGCUCUGACGAAACUGAGCUAUCUCCUCGCGAAGCCGGAACUAUCCAUAGGCGAAGUGCGUUCGCUUAUCGGAACGCCGCUUCGCGGAGAGCUCACGAGACCGGCAAGUACGCUUCCACCGUCCAUCAGCGAACCCAAGGGAAUCGAUCAAAAUCUCGAAAGCAUUCAUGGGGUUCUGUCUCAAGUCAUCCGGCUCUCGUCUGCUCGACCCAUUGUGCCAAAAUUUACGGUGACGCCGUCAACAGAUGAUGAAAGCGCCAAAAACAUGGCUGAAGCAGCCGCGCCCUGGUCCUGGACAGCGUCAGAGGCCGCCUCAGCGGAAGGCGCUCUCUUUCCAUACCUCGUCCAUCUCGCUGCCGCGCGGAACGAUAUCGAAGCUCUCAAAUUCUGUCUAGCCGCUGAGCAGGACCUCAGCACAGAUCAUUCCUCCAGUCCAACCUCCGAGUUCCAGCCAAGGCGAAACAUCGCGAUUGGUGGCGGUCUCACAAACUGCAUCGAACCAUCUUCCGGUCGCUCGCCGCUCCAUUCUGCGGCACUCAAUGGAUGUGUAGACGCUGUCAAUGCAUUGUUGGUAGCUGGUGCACUAGUGCACCUCCGAGAUGCCCUCGGGCACACUCCGCUGUACUAUGCUGCCCGACAAGGACACGAAGGCGUUGUGGACACCUUAGUGAAGGCCGGCGCGAUGCUAGGUGGUGCGGACGUUGAAGGUGGAUUUACUGAUCUGGCGAUGAAGAAAGCGACGGUAUCCAGAGACGAACACGCAUUGCGUAUCUGGGCUAUGGCGGGCGCAGGCAUGGACAACUAGAUUUGAUCGCUACCAUAAGAGCUUCCGGUAGAGGUAUCGUAAUAGGCUGUGCAUUGGAUGGAUGUAUUCCAGAGUUGGUAUAACAGGUACACUUGACAUUAGUCAUAACAUUGGCCGUCAUUCGACAAUUACAACCUCAUUUUGAACCACCUCU